AUGAAAUCUGUUCCAUACGUAUGUUAUGGCAAUUGUUUGUACAUUGAGUCAAAAAUAGCUAAUGUCACAGGUAUUUCAGGAGUUAAUAGUAAAGGUUCAGUAGAAUAUAAAUCCUUCUGUUAUGCAGUCAAUUCAAUGUUCAUUCCAAACGUUCCUGUCAUAGCAACUCAUUUAGGUAAAUGGGUUCGCAUUAGUCCUCAUAAUUUGAAAGACAUGCAAUUCAGACUUGUUGACUUUCAAGGAGAGCCUGUAGAACUGAAGGCACCAGUGCGAAUGACUGUUGAAGUUGACUUUUUAGAAAAUAUUAAAUGCAACAGCUUACAAGAGAACUCAGAGCUAAAAAUAUAA